UCCGCCGUGCAUCUUGGACGCUGGAAGCAGCUGUGCAGGCGCGGAGCUGCUCCUUUUGUGGCCGCGGGCUCGUCGCGACGACUGUCCGCAAUGGGCAGGGAAUCCAGGCAUUACCGGAAGCGAUCUACAUCCCGAGGCCGUUCUGCGAGUCGCUCCAGGAGCCGUUCGCCUGCUGAGAAGCGGUCUAAGCUUGGCGAUACCAGAGGUCGCUCACGCAGCAGGGACCGUGAUCGAAGGAGGGAUCGUUCUCGUAGUCGAGACAGGCGAAGAUCAAGGUCACGGGAAAGAAAGCGGCUUAGAACACCACAGAGAUGCAGAAUGUCAUUGGUCAUGUCAAAGCGAUCUCGCAGUCGAGAGAGAAGAAGAUCUCGCAGUCGAGAAAAACGGAGAUCGUUGAGCAGGGGUAGAAGUCGUAGGUCACACUCUCAGCCACGCUCUCGGAGUCGCAGUAAGAGCAAGGAAAGAAGGUCAAAAUCCAAAGACCGUGUAGAAGCUACCAAUGAGGCUGCUAAAGAAAAGAAAAAGGAAGAGAAAGACGAUGACAAAGAUGUCAGUAAUUUUGAACAGAGCAAAUUAGAAGAAGAAAUGAGAAAACGGAAAGAACGUGUUGAAAAAUGGAGAGAAGAACAACGUAAAAAGGUUGUAGAAAACAUUGGUGAAAUAAAGAGAGAACUUGAAGAGAUGAAACAGGGCAAAAAAUGGAGCCUUGAGGAUGAUGAUGAUGAUGAAGAUGAAAUCAUUGAAGGUGAAAGGAAAGAAGAAGAAGGAGAUAAUGACAAUGAAGAAUUGGACCCUUUAGAUGCUUACAUGGAAGAUAUAAAGGAGGAAGUGAAAAAAUUUAACAUGGGCAGUGUAAAAGGAGGAAGUGAGAAGAAGUCAGGUGCAACAGUAAUGAAAGUCAUGACUGUGGUAACAACCAAAAAGCCACAUUCUGAAAUGGAGAAAAAGAAAGGAGAGUUAAUGGAGAAUGACCAAGAUGCAAUGGAGUAUUCUUCAGAAGAGGAGGAAGUUGACCUUCAGACUGCACUUACAGGAUAUCAGACAAAACAGAGGAAGCUGUUGGAACCUGUAGAUCAUGGCAAAAUAAAAUAUGAGCCAUUUCGAAAGAAUUUUUAUGUUGAAGUUCCUGAACUUGCUAAAAUGUCUGCAGAAGAAGUAAAUACCUACAGAUUGGAGUUGGAGGGUAUUGCGGUACGUGGCAAAGGAUGUCCGAAACCAAUUAAGUCCUGGGUGCAGUGUGGGAUCUCCAUGAAAAUAUUAGGUUCAUUGAAAAAACAAGGUUAUGAAAAGCCAACACCAAUCCAGGCACAAGCAAUUCCUGCCAUUAUGUGUGGGCGUGAUUUAAUUGGAAUUGCCAAAACUGGAAGUGGAAAGACUAUUGCUUUUCUUCUACCUAUGUUCCGACACAUCAUGGAUCAGAGACCACUUGAAGAAGGAGAAGGUCCUGUUGCACUCAUCUCAACUCCAACCCGUGAGUUAGCACUUCAGAUUACCAAAGAAUGCAAGAAGUUCUCAAAACCACUUGGACUAAGGGUAGUAUGUGUUUAUGGAGGGACCGGAAUAAGUGAACAGAUUGCAGAGUUAAAGCGAGGAGCAGAAAUUAUAGUGUGCACACCAGGCCGCAUGAUAGAUAUGCUUGCAGCCAAUAACGGUCGUGUGACAAAUUUUCGCAGAGUUACCUAUGUUGUACUUGAUGAAGCAGAUAGAAUGUUUGACAUGGGCUUUGAGCCUCAGGUAAUGCGAAUAGUGGAAAACAUUCGACCAGACCGACAAACUGUUAUGUUUUCUGCUACAUUCCCCAGGGCAAUGGAGGCCUUGGCAAGACGAAUACUUACAAAACCUAUUGAAGUGCAAGUGGGUAGUAGAAGCGUUGUUUGUUCUGAUGUUGAGCAACAUGUGGUUGUCAUAGAAGAAGACAAUAAGUUCUUGAAGUUGUUGGAACUUUUGGGCCAUUAUCAACAAAAUGGUUCUGUGAUAGUGUUUGUGGACAAGCAAGAGCAUGCUGAUGGUUUAUUGAAGGAUUUAUUGAGAGCAUCCUACUCUUGUAUGUCAUUACAUGGAGGUAUUGAUCAAUAUGAUCGUGAUAGUAUAAUCAAUGAUUUUAAGACCGGUGUGUGCCGAUUGCUUGUGGCCACUUCAGUAGCAGCACGAGGACUGGAUGUUAAACACCUGAUUCUUGUUGUCAACUACAGUUGUCCGAACCACUAUGAAGAUUAUGUACAUCGAGUGGGGCGUACUGGAAGAGCUGGUAACAAAGGGUAUGCAUAUACAUUUAUUACAGAGGAACAAGCCCGCUAUGCAGGUGAUAUAAUUAAAGCGUUAGAAUUAUCAGGAAAUUGUGUUCCAUCUGAGUUGGAAAAAUUGUGGAAUGACUUCAAAGAGCAACAAAAGGCAGAAGGAAAAACUAUAAAGAAGUCUAGUGGUUUUUCUGGGAAAGGCUUUAAGUUUGAUGAGACUGAACAAGUCCUGGCCAAUGAAAGAAAGAAACUACAGAAAGCAGCUCUAGGUCUGCAGGAUUCUGAUGAUGAGGACACGGCAGUUGAUAUUGAUGAACAAAUUGAGAGCAUGUUCAAUUCCAAGAAGCGUGUGAAAGAUAUGGCAAUGCCAGGAGCUUCUAACACGCCAGUGCCAUCUGCUGGCAAUGCAGAGAAACUGGAGAUUGCCAAGAGGCUGGCGUUGAAGAUCAAUGCCCAGAAGAAUCUUGGUGCAGAAGCACAGGAUGUAAUGCAACAGGCUACAAAUGCUAUAAUGAGGGGACGCACCAUCCAAGCUCCAACAGUAUCUGCAAAAACAAUUGCAGAGCAGAAAGCUGAAAAGAUCAAUGCCAAACUCAACUAUGUGCCAGCAGAAAAGCAAGAAGACGAGAAACCGGAAAACGCACAAACUGAAUCAUUCAAAAGAUAUGAGGAAGAGCUUGAGAUAAAUGAUUUUCCACAGACGGCCAGGUGGAAGGUCACCUCCAAAGAAGCUCUUCAGAGAAUCAGUGAAUAUUCAGAAGCUGCCAUCACUAUUAGAGGCACUUACUUUCCUCCAGGAAAAGAGCCCAAAGAGGGAGAAAGAAAAAUAUAUCUUGCUAUUGAAAGUGCAAGUGAGUUGGCUGUUCAGAAAGCAAAGGCUGAGAUUACACGACUUAUUAAAGAAGAACUCAUCAGACUGCAAAAUUCAUACCAGCCAACUAACCGUGGACGAUACAAGGUUUUGUAGGAAUCCUGUAAAAUGUAUGUUACAUGUCUGCAAAUUGAUUUUAAUGGUAGUUCAUUAUUGUGCUUUGAUUCUCUCCAUAAUGUUAAAAUUACAAAGCUUUUGAAUUUAGCUAUUCUACAGAAUCUGUAGAAUUUAUUUUGUGAAUUUCUGGAAACUGUGUUCUACAGUAAUAGGUUUCUGUUUAUGAUAGGUUUUUUUCUUAAUCCAACUUAUUGUAAGUGAACAAAAAGUACUUAUGCUUUUGAAGUGUAAAAUAAGUUGCAUUUUGUAUCCUUGGAUUACAGAAAUGUCAAAA